ACUUAUGACCGCUCAGGUCUUGUGUGUUAUGGUUAGAAUACUUGAUUGUUGCAAAACAAAGAUUCCAUCAACCAUCCAUCCAGUUUAAAAAGGCGAGCGCUCGAACUUCUGAGUCAGUCACAUUUUGAGUCCAGUCGUGAAACCAUGAAGUCCAUCUCGCUCGUUCUUUUGUCCAUUGGUCUGGUUUGCGGCCAUCCCCAAGGAGGAUUCCUACCCGAUAACGCCAUUCGCAGUCCAGUGGGACUUGACUUCCAAUACCGAUAUCAACCUCAGCCUGGAGAAUUUGGAUUCCCUUCUCAAGAGGGACCUUUGCCUGGGAAUGACGUGAUCCUGGCCAAGAAUCAAGAGUCGGCCGAAGGAACCCGUGCCUUGGCAGAGCUGUUAAGAGGGGUCAAUGCUGGAGAUUUCAAGGCUCUCAUCGGAACAGACGUGGCCGGAUUUGGACAAGAAGGAGCUGAAGCCACAGCCAAGCUGCCUGACUUCCUUUCUGGGUUAGCCACUUAUUUGGAUGCACACAGUGCAAGUAUUAUCAAUGUGGCCAAUGCCGCUCAAAAAGCUAAUUUACCAAUUAACACCAUUGGUGGUUCAUACAUUGGAUUGAAUUAAACGUGUUCCCCAUGUUCGA